AUGGCUGACAACCCCGCAACUAAACAGGUUGUGCUUGUUACCGGAGGCAACCAGGGCAUUGGCUACGAGAUUGUGAAGAAGCUUGUGGCGGAGCAGCCCACCUAUCAUGUCCUUCUUGGUUGCCGAGCUCUCUCAAGAGGCGUAGAAGCUAUAUCAAAGAUCGAGAAGCUUGCUGGCUCAGUUUCUCCAAUUGAAGUUGACAUUACUUCAAAUGAGUCAAUUGCGGCCUGUGCGGCGCAAAUUGAUCGCGAGUACGGCAAGCUUGAUGUCUUAAUCAACAAUGCUGGCAUUGGAAGACAUGCAGUGGAAGAUUUACCUAGCCUUAGGGCCAAAAUGGCCGCAUUGUUUAAUGUCAAUGUGUUUGGCACCAUGGAGAUGACAGACGCUACUAUUCCUCUGUUGCAGAAAGCUGCAGACCAAGGCUCAGUCCCACGAAUUGUGUUUAUUACCUCAGAGAUGGGCUCCUUUGGGAAUACGCUGAACUCUUCAUGGAAGUACUAUCAGCACAACGCCUCUAUACCGUACAAGUCUAGCAAAGCUGCAGCAAACAUGAUUGGGGCAUGUUACUCAACAUUGUUUGAGAAGGAAGGCUGGAAGGUCAACUGCUGCUGUCCUGGACUCCGCAAAACGGCAUUCAACAACCACCUGUCUGUCGCCAUGGAUGUGGAAGAGGGAGCUGUGAGGGCUGUAGCAUUGGCCACUCUCGACAAGGAUGGUCCUACGGGGACUUUUACCAACAUCGAUGGAACCGAGCCGUGGUAA